GUCAUCUUCUUUUCACAGCUGCAAAGUUCAGGGAGUUGAACUGCAGUGCUUUGAGUCCACUGCUUGUGCUGCCACGAGCAACCUCUGUUGUAAAUUUUCCUCCCAGAACACGUGACGAUGCAUUUCGUGACUAUAUAUCCCGACUGCGGCAGCAGAGCUGUCAGAGUGGGAGCCAGACACAGAGGAGGAACGUUCUUGGACUUGACCAUUUAGGAACUCAGGGCUUGGGACGAAACGUCAGCCUUUGAUCCCGGCCUUAAACAGCCAUUCAAUGCUGAAGAUGGAGUUUCUGAACAGCACACACCCCAGCGCCAUGGCCUCCAGCAGCCCCCUCGAGUCGCAUGUGCCCGGCAGUGGCAGCGGUAACGGCAACGAGUACUUUUACAUUCUGGUUGUCAUGUCCUUCUAUGGUAUUUUCUUAAUUGGGAUCAUGCUGGGCUACAUGAAAUCCAAGAGAAGGGAGAAGAAGUCCAGCCUCCUGCUGCUGUACAAAGAUGAGGAGAGGCUCUGGGGGGAGGCCAUGAAGCCGCUGCCUGUGGUGUCCGGCCUGAGGUCGGUGCAGGUGCCCAUGAUGCUCAACAUGCUGCAGGAGAGUGUGGCGCCUGCGCUGUCCUGCACUCUCUGCUCCAUGGAAGGGGACAGCGUGAGCUCUGAGUCCUCUUCCCCAGAUGUGCACCUCACCAUCCAGGAGGAAGGGGCUGAUGAUGAACUAGAGGAGACUUCGGAGACGCCUCCCAACGAAAGCAGCGAGGGCUCCUCAGAGAACAUCCACCAGCAUUCCUAGCACCCCUGGAAGUCUGCAGGUGGCUCCUCCAGCCAGCACCCUUAGAGACGGUAAAGACGCUUUUCAAG